AUGGACGUGAAAUCGCAUAGAUCGGAGGGCGAGACUGUGGUGGAUGGAGAGAUAGAGAAUGGUGCUCUUGAAUUUUUGGAGGACUGCGAACACCGAGAGAAGCAGCUAAUUCGAAGGGUCGACUGGCGGCUGUUGCCGAUUAUCGGAGCUCUCUACGCAAUCUCUCUUAUCGACAGGACAAAUAUAUCGAGCGCUCGUAUAGCCGGCUUAAACGAAGAAUUGCAGCUGUAUAUUGGAUCGCGAUAUUCUGUCGUUCUGCUAGUGUUCUUUGUUCCAUAUUUCAUAUUCGAACUCCCAUCGAAUCUGCUUCUGCGUAAAGUUGGCAGCGCCACCUGGCUAGCUGGUAUAUCAUUCGCCUGGGGCACGUUAAUGCUGGGAUCGGGUUUCGUCCACAACUAUGCGUCCUUGGUGGUGCUUCGAUUGCUCCUUGGUCUAUUUGAGGCUGGACUCUUCCCUGGAUGCGUAUACCUCAUUUCCUGUUGGUAUAUGAGAUAUGAGGUUCAAACCAGAUUGGCUAUAUUCUACCUUAUUUCUGUCCUUGUUGGCGGUUUUUCAAGUCUCCUAUCAUUCGGACUAAUUCAAAUGGAAGGCCUGGCCGGGUUCCAUGGCUGGAGAUGGAUCUUUAUUGUUGAAGGAGCCAUGACUCAGGUCAUUGCGAUUGCGGCAUAUUUUCUCAUCAUAGAUUUCCCGGAUAAAGCAGCAAAGACUGGGUUCUUGACGGUAAAUGAAGCGAAAUAUAUUUCGCACCGACUUGAGAAAGACAGGGCAGAUUCUGUCGCAGACCCUGUCACUUUUGAUAAAUUGAAGCGCCAUUUAUCAGACUGGAAGCUAUGGAUAUUCAUAAAGAAAAAGCAGAUCCGAAAGGAACAUGCCGUUAAUUCGACAGGUAGAUAUGCGUUAACAUAUUUCGCCCCCACUAUCAUCCGGCCGUCGUCCAAGGCUAUGGGGUAUUCUCCAGCUAUUUCGAGUCUUCUAACAGCGCCUCCCACGGUAUUUUCCUGUAUUGUAGCUAUGGGAUUUUCGUGGGUGGCCGACAGAUAUCGGAUGCGGGCGCCCAUUAUCGUCGUCCAGUGUCUUAUCUGUAUCAUAGGGCUGAUGCUAACGGCCUAUCACCCAAACAAUAACGUCCGUUAUUUCGGCUUCUUCCUCGGAGCAGCAGGCUGCCAGGGCAACAUUCCAGCUAUCCUCGCCUACCAGUCAAACAACAUCCGGUACCAGUCCAAACGAGCUAUCGGUACCGCUCUGCAGAUUGGUUUCGGCGCCCUGGGAGGUAUCGUUGCGUCGACAACCUUUAGAGAACAGGAUGGGCCAAAGUAUGUCCCUGGCCUCUGGGUGACUACAGGGUUUCAGCUGUUCAUCAUAGUGGCCGUGGCAUGCACAUCCUUUAUCUUCUGGAGAAGGAACAAGCAGGUCGACGAUGGCACGGCGAAGACUCCUAUCGAGGGACUAGAAGGGUUCAAGUACACCCUUUGA